AUGGGCUAUCCUUCCACCUCUCCACUCGCCGCGCAGCACGAGCGCCUUAUUCUCGAGCUGCUUCCACUGAAAGACGGGCCCCAGUUCCGCGAGUGGAUCAGCGGUCCCUUCGUGUGUGGCUCAUGGCAUGAGUUCUGCCGUGACUUCCUGGCUCGCAACCCCAACUCGCCCGAGCCAGACAAAACCAAGACGGCACAGGCUGCGAAAGACGCCAUCAAGUCCAAGACGGUCAAAUACCUGUCUUACCACCCAGAGAAGGACGGCUGGUCCCCGGAGGACCACCAUGUCCGCUUCAUCGUCACAGUCAUCUCCGACAACUUGCUCAAGGGAGGCAUAUGGAGUGAGGAUGAUUGGAGGAAGAGGGGCAUCGACGUUGCAAAGGCUGCAUACGAGGUGCUGAGCUUCCUACGGGCGAUGGGCAUGAACGGCGUUGACCCGAACCCUCCAAGCUACGAGGCUCAGUUCUGA